AUGGACUUGAUGAGCUUUUAUGCAAUUCCCCCACCGGUUAGGCGGCAUCAAGAGGAAGUGAACUACAUUGGUGGAAAACUUCGUGUGGAGCAUCCCUUCACUUUCCCUCAAGCUGUUGCACCGGCUCAACAAGAAGAGAAGUUAGAUGUGGUCUUCAAAAGAUACAUGGAGGAGCAAAGGCAAACCACCCAGAGCCUCUAUGAGAAGCUAGAUCGUGUGUUCACUGAUCUUUGCAGCAAGUUUGGAUCUCUCUCCUCUCAUGUCCAGAAUUUGGGGGUUCAAAUAGUCCAAACCGCGGAAGCCGUAGAGAAACAAAAUGAGGUAACCCCUACAACAUUUUGUAGCAUUGUCUCACCUAAGGAAGACCAGCUCGUACCUAUACCUAAACCAUCUCAAGAAGGAGAAGAAGAAGCUGAGCCUAAGGAGAGCCAAAAACCGGAGAGGUUUCCAUGGGAGUCAAAGAGAGCAUACAAGAGAAGGCUUGUGAACAAGCCAUUGCCAAAGCUAGAAGAUCCGGGGAAGUUUGUGAUUCCUGUUUCUAUCAAUGGGUGUGAAAUCAAUGACUGCCUAUGUGACACUGGAGCUGUUGUGAAUCUCAUGUCUUAUGCAUUAGCAAGAGAUUUGGGAUUCAAAUAUUUUAAAGAUCCUGAGGCAAAGAUGGAGUUCGCGGAGCUAUCAUGUGUGGAGCCCUAUGGAGUUUUAGAGAAUGUUAUGCUGGAGAUAGGAGGUCGCCUAGUCCCUACUGAUUUCCAAAUCAUGGUAUGGGAAGGAUCCAAGAGGAACCAGCUGCUACUUGGAGCCCCAUUCUUAGCCACAGCCGGUGCAGUCAUAGACUUCAUGAGAAACCGCAUGUCACUAGGAAAUAUCCAACAAGAUGUUUUCUAUCAAAGCAUCGACUUCAAGACUGCACCAAGAGCGAUCAAGCUGCCACCAGAGAAGACUUCUAACACGCCACAGAAAGGAGCCAUGAUGCCUAAAGAUCCCAAGAAGAGUGAGCCCUAUCCAAAACCGAAGGUGGUCAUGAAACCAUCAAUGCUGAAACAUAAAGAUGUCUUCAAGGAUAUCAACUCGGUUUUGCUCCCUACCUUGGACGAAUAUGGAGCUAAUGAGAAGCCUUAUGUAGUGCCUAAUUCCCUUACCAAGAUAAGAAUCCUUGUCUCUAAGGGUUGGGUCCCAAAAGAAGAUCAUACCGCAAAGGAGAAGCUGAGGAACACCUUAAGGCUCUUCCCAAGUGCAUUUGUCUUCAAAGGUGGCAUAGGAGAUGAUCUUGGCGUGCCCAAACCACCACGUGAGCCCCCUGAACCAGAGAAUGGAGAAGCUAAAGGGAUCCUUUGCCCUUCAGCCACUCUUCACCACUUAAGAAAGAAAAGGAGUCAAGCUAAAUGA